AUGGUGAUAGAUGAUACAUCAACAGAAAAUGAUUGGGAAUACGUUGGAUCAGGAUCAGCAAACGCUGUAUUUGCAUACAAAGGCAGCUGCGUAAAGUUCAGAGGGAAGGUUGUCAGAUUUCGGUUAGUCGGUACCGAAGUUUCCACAGAGGAAAUCUUCUUUUACCUGCAGUCGAGUGCUUUUAACAGUAUCAGAAAAUACAUGGUGAGUGCAUCACUUCUCACAAUAAAGCAACAAACUAUUUGUGAAUUCCAAACCUUGGCAAAGUGUAAAGGAUUAUCUAUAAAACUAUACCCGAACGAGACCUAUUGCUUAAUUAUGAAGAAUAUUCUUUCGCACAGCCUGUCAGAGUACGAACGCAUACAGCUCAGUAAAUAUCACAUCUUCCUCGUGCACAAGGCAGAGAAAGAGAUAGUUUUUGAAUUUAAGCCUAAAUGGCUAUAUCAACUGCCGGCUAGUCAUAAAAAUUGUCGCAAUUGUUUGAUUGCGAAGUCAAAAGGCCAAGAAUUUGUUUCUUGCCAUUUAAAACUUUUGAAAGGCGAAAAAGGCAUAUCUGAAUGGUGCAAAGAGUUACAGGAAGAACUGGGAAGGAGGACUCAGACCAACAUCGAUAUAUUUCAGAGCCUAAAAAAUUGUGUGAUUGCAAAUUAUGCCUUAAUACUGAGCUUGUAUGAGUUGCAAAAUAGCAUUGAAAUUCAUGACCGACUUAUGCAACUGACUUCAGAGUAUGAUGUAAAUGAGGAUUUACAGCUAAACAUGACUUUGCGAGACGUCUCUAUUUUCAUGAAUCUCAGUAAGGGUGAAGUGUUCGUGUUAGAUCUUGACAAAAAAUCAGCCAAGAAGUGGAAAAAAUGGAAAAAUCAAGAGCAGAAACUUCAAGGUCUCCACGAAAAAGACCUAUCUUUGAAUUGUCGAUUCAAAGCACGUUCUUGA